GCGUGAACAGCCCAACAGCCAUCAAGACCUGCCUCAUAUGGCAUCUCGAGGACUCUGCCUUGCCAGCGAGUGACGUGGAUCCCUGAUGAUGUGCGAGAAGAUGAAGCGAGGAGGGAUUCAUGUGUCCAGCACAGCUGCAUCGGUGUGGCCCGGCAGUGGAUUAUUGGCACAGAGGAGAGCGGUUACGUUCCUGCCUCCAUCUGACUCAACCUGGACUUGGAGAAAAGGGGAAACGGCAGUAACAUAUCCGGCUAAGCUCCUUCGGACAAUAUGACUUGUGUGGUUCAGCUGCGAGCAUAUAAGCUGGACAACUCCCGCCCAUUUUCAGCUUCACCA